GAGCCCAGGCGGGUUGGGCACCCGGUUUCCCGCGGUUCAAAAUUACUGCUCGCCCGUGUGGGUGUGGGAGGAGUGUUUCUUAAAGCGCCAGCCUCCCUGCGUCCUUUUGUUCCGCGACCGCAGGGCGGGGUGGGUUCAACUUUCACCGUCUUCUCGUCUGUCCUCCAGAACGGCCAUGAUUUCCCAGUUCUUCAUUCUGUCCUCCAAGGGGGACCCGCUCAUCUACAAAGACUUUCGCGGGGACAGUGGUGGUCGUGAUGUGGCCGAGCUCUUUUACCGGAAGCUGACGGGGCUGCCUGGAGGCGAGUCUCCGGUUGUCAUGUAUCAUGAUGAUCGUCAUUUCAUUCACGUCAGACACAGUGGUCUCUAUUUGGUGGCCACAACCUCAGAAAACGUCUCUCCUUUCAGCCUCUUGGAGCUGCUUUCCCGGUUAGCCACUCUCUUGGGUGACUACUGUGGCUCACUCAGUGAGGGAACCAUCUCACGGAAUGUGGCUCUUGUUUACGAACUCCUGGAUGAAGUGCUGGAUUAUGGCUAUGUGCAGACUACAUCCACGGAAAUGCUCCGGAACUUCAUCCAAACCGAAGCUGUGGUCAGCAAGCCCUUCAGCCUCUUUGACCUCAGCAGCGUUGGAUUGUUCGGAGCAGAGACACAGCAGAACAGAGUGGCCCCAAGCAGUGCAGCCAGUCGACCGGUCUUGUCCAGUCGCUCUGACCAGAGCCAAAAGAACGAAGUGUUUUUAGAUGUGGUCGAGAGGCUGUCUGUACUGAUUGCAUCUAAUGGCUCAUUGUUGAAGGUGGAUGUCCAAGGAGAGAUACGGCUCAAGAGCUUCCUUCCUAGCGGUUCUGAGAUGUACAUAGGCUUGACAGAAGAAUUUUGUGUGGGAAAGUCAGAACUGAGAGGAUAUGGGCCAGGCAUCCGAGUUGAUGAGGUGUCGUUCCAUAGCUCUGUCAAUCUGGAUGAGUUUGAGUCUCAUCGGAUCCUCCGCCUGCAGCCACCUCAGGGCGAGCUGACCGUGAUGAGAUACCAACUGUCUGAUGACCUCCCCUCUCCGCUCCCCUUCCGGCUCUUUCCCUCUGUACAGUGGGACCGAGGUUCAGGCCGGCUCCAGAUUUACCUGAAGUUACGGUGUGACCUGCCACCAAAGAGCCAAGCUCUCAACAUUCAUCUGCACCUUCCCCUGCCUCGAGGGGUAGUCAGCCUGUCUCAGGAAUUGAGCAGCCCAGAUCAGAAGGCAGAGCUGGUAGAAGGAGCCCUCCAUUGGGACCUGCCUCGAGUACAAGGAGGCUCUCAGCUCUCAGGCCUUUUCCAGAUGGAUGUCCCUGGCUCACAGGGGCCUCCCAGCCAUGGGCCCUCCCCAUCAGCGCCCCCCUUGGGGCUGGGUCCUGCCAGCCUCUCCUUUGAACUCCCUCGGCAUACAUGCUCUGGCCUCCAGGUGCGCUUCCUCAGGCUGUCCUUUAGUGCCUGUGGCAGUGCCAACCCUCACAAGUGGGUGCGACACCUGAGCCACAGCAACGCCUACGUAAUUCGGAUUUGAAACUCCCCAAACGAGGAUAUGGACAGCCAAGUCAGC